AGAGAGCGAGAGAGCUGAGAACAGCGGUUGGCCCCUCUUUGGUGGAAAUGUCUCACAAGCUGGUGGGAGAAAAUGGCUUCCACUGUGCCCAUAAACUUAUUUUUUCUAGCACAUCCAAGCCAGCAGACAGCAGCCCUCCUUCAGAUACUCCCAGUCCCCAGGAAUCCUGCACCACUCCUUUGAGCAAUGGGAAGUUCUAUUCCAACACAAACAGCCCAUCAGAUUCCUGCAUGAAGCCUCUUUGUGAGGCAAGAUCCGAAAAUGGUAACGGGUUCAACAGCGGCAUUCAAUACAUCUCCACUGAGGGGGAGGUUCUCAUAUGUGGAUGGGGAGGUUUCACCCCAAGUUGUUUACAGUUUUUCAAUACGCCCAAAGGGGUUUUGUUCUUCCUCUGCGUGGCUUCCUUCCUGCAAGGCAUGACUGUGAAUGGCUUCAUCAACACUGUCAUCACGUCGAUUGAGCGGCGAUUUGAUCUUCAGAGCUACGAAAGCGGCCUGAUUGCCAGUUCCUACGACAUCGCCGCCUGCGUGUGUUUGACAUUUGUCAGUUACUUUGGGGGCAACGGGCACAAACCCCGGUGGCUUGGGUGGGGAGUUUUGAUCAUGGGGAUUGGGUCCAUCACCUUUGCAUUGCCCCACUUCACCACCAACCAGUACGAAGUCCAUUUUUCAGAGGAGAUUGGCACGUGUUCCUCCAACCACAGUGGGCGGUGCUCUGAAAGUGUCUCCACCCUCUCUAAUUAUCGGUUUGCCUUCAUGCUCGGUCAGUUUCUGCAUGGGAUUGGGGCCACGCCACUUUACACCCUUGGGGUGACCUAUCUGGAUGACAAUGUGAAGUCCAACUAUUCUCCUGUGUAUAUUGCUGUUUUCUACACUGCUGCCAUAUUGGGCCCUGCAGCUGGCUAUUUGGUUGGAGGCAUCUUUCUAAAUAUCUACACUGAAAUUGGGAAACAAAUUGAUCUUACACCAGAUAAUUCCCUAUGGGUUGGAGCUUGGUGGAUUGGAUUCCUGGGUGCUGGGGCCGGCUCCCUCUUAAUUUCGGUUCCCAUUUUGGGGUACCCUCAUCGUCUCCCAGGAUCUCAGCGUUACAUAGUCAUGCGAGUUUCAGAAACCCAUCAGUUGAAAGAUGGCAGCCAUAAGACAGCUUCAGAUCCUGAUUUUGGAAAGACGGUGAAAGAUCUGCCACAAUCACUUUGGCUGCUGCUGAAGAAUCCAACUUUCAUCUUCCUUUGCUUAGCUGGAGCUACAGAAGCUACCCUUAUUGCUGGGAUGUCGACAUUUGGCCCCAAAUUUCUUGAAUCCCAAUUUAGUUUAAGUGCCUCUGAAGCAGCAACUUUGUUUGGCUAUCUUGUGGUUCCGGCAGGAGGUGGAGGCACUUUCCUCGGAGGUUUCAUUGUGAACAAAUUCAAGCUGCGCUGCUCAGGGAUCAUCAAGUUUUGUUUCUUGUGUACCAUGUCAAGUCUGCUGGCAAUUUUUAUCUUUUUUAUUGAUUGUCCCAAUAUGCCCAUGGCUGGAGUAACUCAGAUGCAUGAUGGAAGCAUCCUACUGCAAGGUAACCUCAACCUGUCUGACCCCUGCAACAUGGAGUGCCACUGCCUGCGCGAGACCUACAAUCCUGUGUGUGGAAGCGACGGCAUAACUUAUUACUCACCCUGCCAUGCUGGAUGCAGGAAAGCAUCAAUGAAUCAUGAUAAUGGGGGAAAGGCUUAUCGUGAGUGCAGCUGCGUUCUUGGACCCACUACUCCUGUCCCUGGCUUGGCUACAGCAGGGAAGUGUAUGUCUUCAUGUGAAAGAAGGACUCUUCUCCUGGUUUUCAUGUUUGUGAUCAUUCUCUUCACGUUCCUAAGUAGUAUUCCUGCUUUGACAGCUACACUGCGGUGUGUUUCCGACAGGCAGCGAUCAUUUGCACUAGGAAUCCAGUGGAUUGUUGUGAGAACUCUAGGUAGCAUCCCAGGCCCCAUUGCUUUUGGGUCAAUGAUAGACAAGUCAUGUCUCCUGUGGCAGAACCAGUGUGGUGAACAAGGAUCUUGUUAUGUCUACCAGAACUCUGCCAUGAGUCGAUAUACCCUGAUUGCUGGUCUGUUAUUCAAGGUGAUGGGGUCAUGUUUCUUCCUGCUAGCCUGCAUGCUCUACAAGCCCCCUUCACCCGAAUCCCUCCCUGGAAGCUCUGCUGUCUCUGAAAAUGGCACCUGUGAUCCCCAGGAGAGCAGAUGUUCACAUCCGUCUCCAGACCACGUAUAGCCCUUUGGCAACCACAAAUAACUUUCAUACCAUCGCCAAGCAACUGUUCCAGAAGAACGUGUACCCAUCUCUUCCUGCAGGUUUUGCUUGUUUUCCCCUUUUGCAGGAAAAAUAAUUUCAUGAAGAUCUAGCAUAAUUGAGAUUUUUGUUAUGAGAAGCAAAAGCACACAGCAAAACUUGGGUACUAUUCUUUCCAUCAUGAAAAGAAGGGGCAGCAGUUGCAAGGAUCGUGAAGAGACUGAUUUCAUUUUUUUAUGGAUCUGUGCUGCUAUUCUGAGAUGGGAUGCCAUGGACUU